AUGUCCUCAAUUCGUGAUAAUCCAGAUAUUCCUAGAAAUAGAAGUAACACUUGGAAUAAUCCAAUGAACCAGUCACUUCUGAAAAAAAACAGUAUUACCGAUAUCACUAACCCAGCAACUAAGAACUUACAAAGAAAAAGACAACAUACAUUAGUGUUAUCAACUUCUUUUGUCCCAACAAGGGAUAAAAAAACUGCUUCCUCUUUACUUUUAACUGAUACAACAAAUGAAGCUCAAAGCAAUAACAAUCAUGGGUUAUUAAGCCCUGUUUCUCCUAUACUAUCAAAUAAUAGAUCUAGACAUAGCACUCAAUCAUCUUCUAUGACAAUAAAUUCCCUUGCAACAGGAAAAGAUCAAUCAGCUCAAAGACCGAGUACGCCAUCAAUAGCGUCACAUUUCAACGAUACCAAUACCACAUCUUCCAUCAAACAUGACAUUUAUAUCUUACAACAAGAAUUAAAUGAGCAGAAAAAGAAAAGAAACUCUGCCGAAAAAAUCAAGCAAAAUUUGCAGAAUGAAGUAUAUAAUGGAAAAUAUUCAACAGCACAUACAGAAAAACAUUCAACAAGGCUAAAAACAACCAGUGAUUUAAAAGAAUCUGAUAGGAACAUUAAAAGACUAGAAGAACAGAUAAGGGAUUUGAAACAAAAAUUGUCAAAUAAUAACAAUAUUAGGCUCUGUAGAACUAGUACAAUAAGUGAAAUAGAUCCUUAUAGGAGUCCUGGCGGCGCGGAGGAGUUUACAGAAUCAUUUGAUUCAUUACCUGUUCCACCUAUAGCUGAACAUAUAACGCAAGAUAAUAAUAAUAAUAAUAAUAAUAAUAAUAAUAAUAAUAAUGACUCCUCCAGUAUUGAUGACGAGUACGAUUGCGAAGCUUUGCAAUCCACUGACGAUAGCAACACGGGGGACUUUGAUGGCAGAUAUAACAACGAGACGUGGCUAGUCAGUGAUUAUUUGCAAUGUUUGAAUGAUUCUAGAGAAUCUAGCAGGGAUUUUAUUUUAGAAAAAUCCACCGCGCUAGUUAAUCUAUUGAUUAGAUCACCAGAAAUCAAGCAGGAUUUAAUACCAAAUGCGUUUAUUCCCGCUGUUCAAAAUCUACUACUGACCGAUGAUUCUGAGAUUGUUGCUGCAGGUUAUAGAGUUUGCAGGUAUUUGAUGUCAGGACCAGACCUGAUUCAGUAUUUAGCAAGAGCAAGACUUGAAAACUUUCUUAUUAUAAGUCUAUCGGCAGAUAAAAGUUUUUUAGAAAGGGAACAAGCUUUGAAAUUAAUCAGGGUUUUAAUAGAUAAUAAAGGCGGGAUAACGUUGGGUUUAUCACAGGCGUGUAUUAGCUGCCUAGAAAGAAAUGAGGAUAAAUUAAAAAACGUAUGUAUUGAAUUGGCUUUAGAAAUGUGCUAUAUUUUCCCUAAUAUUAUGAAUCAGACCCAUAUCAACAGAGUUUUAGAAAGACUUAUUAUAGACCAUCCUAACUUUGAAGUUUCUAAAUCCAUAUUAACUGCUAUCUUGGACUUGAUGUCAUAUCAUGAAACUAGAAAAUAUUUUCUGGGCUAUUUUUCUUUAAACUGUUUGUUUCAUCCAUUAACGGAAAUCCACACAAGAAUCACUCAACCGCCAGCCAAAAUUCUACAAAAAUCAAUAACUUUGAUUUCAAUGUGUUUGAAGUCAAAUAGUGGAUUGAUAAUAUUGUCCGAAAAUAAUUUUAACAGAUUGAGAGAACUAAUUUCAUUUUUCAAAGUAUCAAAUGUGGUCAAGUAUUUAGUUGAUUUAUUUUUGGACGUUUUAAGAAUUAAAUCACUUAAUUACCAGCACCAUAACAAUAAAACUUUUAAGACUUUCCCAGCCGAUUUUCAUGGCGAAAUAAUGUCCAUAAAUCAGCAUACUGCUUUAUUAGUGAAAAUACUACUAAAUUGCGGGUUUUUAGACGAGAUAUUAGGUGCUAUAGAAAACGGGAUACCUAACUCAGCAAAUGUGGCUAAGUGCAGAUAUCUUUCCUCUGAGUUUAUUUGUUUGAUGGGUAAUUUUUUAAGCGAAAGAGAUUUUUGGAAUCAUAUAAAAAAAAAUGCACACAAUCUAUCACUUUAUAUCAAUUUAGCUCAAUUUCAAAAAACUUGCAUUGGACUAAACAAGGGAAGAAACACUAUGGGUAUGUACUUUAUUAAUCCGUCUCACAAUUUGAUUUCUUUUACCAAAGAAAUAAAGCAGAAUACAAUGACUAAAGAUAUAACAGAUAUUAAAUUCAAAAAUAUGAUUUAUGAGACACACAUUUUACAAACAAAAAACUAUGCGUUAUGGAAUUGGAAUGUUUUGCUUGAAUUGUUGAGAGGGCCAUUGACCGACGGAAAAAGACUAGAAGAGUUGAACAAGAGUACAAAAUUUGUCAGAAGGUUAUUAGUUUUUUAUAGACCUUUAAGAAAUAGAUUUAGCAGUGUGGAUAAACACUCGAAAUUGGCAAACAAAUAUGUCAACGUUGGUUGUGCCUUUUUCAGAAUGCUAAUGUCGAGCUUUGAAGGUGUUAAAAUUUUGGAGGAUGAUACGAAAAUUCUGCCCCAAAUAGCUACAUCUCUAUAUAAAGCGAUUGAAGGAUAUUAUAGUGCACAGAAUAUUUUUUCUAUUAAAAAUUUACAAAAAUCUGUUUGUGGUGGAUACUUUAAAUUUAUUGGUAUUUUAACUGAAACACAAAGCGGUAUCAGAUUGUUGGAACAAUGGAAUAUUUUUACUGUCAUUUAUAGGAUGUUUAAGCCUCAUAAUAAAAGUGCCAGGAAGUUCUUAUUGCACACUUUGGUAGAAUUGAACUACGAAAAAAGUGAGCACUGUAGAAUUAUUUUGUCGAAAGCAUUGACUUACCAUAAUUUAGAAGUACGAAUUGUGGGGACAAAAUUGUUAGGUUAUCAUUUGGGCGUUAUCUGUGGCACUUCAAACUCUUCUACCAAUAAUGUAAAUAACUACAAUAGUGAUGGAACAUUUAAUAGCAGAUAUAGAAAAGAGUUUGAAGAAUUUUUACUUAAAUUGUUAACCAAGCAGUUGUAUGAUUUAGCCCCCGAAGUUGUCACCUUAUCUGAUAAGAUAUUGUAUUUAUAUUGCAUGGGGGAUGAAAAAAGAUGCUCUAGAUUUCACUCAGAUGGUGGCAGGUUUUUAAUUGAAACAUUAUCAACUGUUUUGGAUCAAUUAGUUUUCAUUGGAUCACCAAUAUUAUUUCAAUUUUUAACAACCUCUUUAGGAUUUGAUAAAUUAAUGGAACUGAAUUAUGUAGAGGGUGAAAGAAAAAACUGGUUUAAAAGGAAAAAUUUGGAAUAUGUUGAUAAAGUAGAGACAGUUAUUUAUAAUGAAAUACAUAAUCCGAUAGAACACAAAAGCUCAUCAUUAACAAAUGAGGCACAUUUUAAAAAAUUACCAUUACAUUUUUACGAAUAUUUGGCCUUAACUGAAGACGGUAUCCAAAUGAUCAUUAGAAAUGGAGAUUUUGUCAGUUUUCUGAACAUAAUACGUUCUCAUUCGAUAUACGUUAACGAAGAGCCAGCAUAUGAGCAAGACCAGAUUAAGGAAUUGAAAGCUGCGUUAUGGAGUGUUGCAUUUAUUGGCUCUACUUCUUUAGGCGUGAAAUUAUUGGACACUUAUUCUAUUGUAGAGGAUAUUGCAAGAUUGUCCGUACUAAGUACUUCGACAAGUGUUAAAUUCGUGUGUUUUUAUUGUUUAGGUCUAAUAGCGAAAACUGAUGAGGGGAUUGAAAUCAUAGAUGAAUUGGGCUGGGAGAGUUUUACUAAUGUUCAAGGAGCACCGUGUGGGAUAACUGUUCCAAAAAAUUUAGGCAUGUUUUUAAAAUUCCCUGAGCUUUCAGCACAGACACAUAAGGAUAGUGUCAAUGAGAACAAGAACGCUGACGGCAAAAUAGAACAAUUAUACGGAGAUGCGGAUGAAGAAAUACACUUUGAAGAACCAAGUCUAAACUUGGAACAAUUACUCAAAAUGUCCAAUGCUUUGGAAGAUCCAAAUUCUAUGAACACAACCACUGAAUUUGAGGAAGAUGUAGCUAAACAGAUUUCUUUAUUGCAGUCUACUGAAACAUAUAGACGAGAGAACUUAGCGGGUACUGAUACAAAUAAAAUAACACAAUUAGUUAGUCAAUUAGGGAAUCAUCUAUUAUUAAACAACACCAUGAAAGAAUUAAAUGAAAUAGACAGACACAAAAUCGAGACACCAGAAAUAUUUUUCAAAAUAUUUGAACUUAUGGCAAAAUAUAAAUUUGAUCCCCAUGUACGAAAGUAUUUGUGCGAUAAUUUUUUAAAUAAAAAGGUUUUGGAGCUAAUAAUUAAAAGAGAUAGAAAGAGAGAAAGACUGCAUAUAAAACAAUAA